AGCAAAAGUGAUGGUGACACACAGUCCAGCCGGCUAACCCUGGUGGACACUCAGUCUUCCACUAAGUACACUGGAACUUAUGGAGGUCUGGAGUAUUUUAUCUUAAAGACUAUAAUCCUUCCACGUUCAUUUUCUUUUUUUAGAUUACUUUAAUCUGACAGCCUUGGGUUGUACUUGCUGUAUUACAGGAUAUAUUUACAAAACAAGGACUUAUCGUGUUCAAGGGAACUGCAUGCAGGGAGCUUCCAGCCAAUAUUUUUGUUCCAUCCAAGAACUUGUUUGUUUGACAUAAAUUACAUAGUCUUUAGGAGGCUCGUGCUGGUGGGUCUGCUGCCUUUCACAGCCGUUUCAUCUCCUGACAGACAAAGGUGAUUUAUUAAAGGCUUGGAAGCAGGGACCUCAAGCCACAAAACUGAGGACACAUACCACAAGGAGGAACAGCAGGAGAUUAACACAGAAAGCAGACGGAGCACGGGAGACGUUGAGGGGAAUCCUAGAGCCAUACAGCAGUUGUAGUGAGUAACAGAGAGCCUUUGUGAACCUUUGUAAAACUUCCGCAGAACACUGAGUGGACCUGAAGGGCUCUUGCUGGAGGGUGCAAUUGUCAGCAGCUCACAGGUGUUACCAUGGAGCUUCCCUCCCUGUUCUUGACGUUCUUGCUUCUGAUAUGUGGACUUUUCACUGCACUGGAAGGCAGCAAUGGUGUGCAGGAGUUUGACAGCAGUGAUCAAGACCCUGAGCCUGGAUUCUCAGAAUCACGGGCCCGCCGCUCUCCAGAGCCCCCUACCCAGGACAAGUGUUCCUAUACCUUCAUCGUUCCCCAGCAGAAGGUUACAGGGGCAAUCUGCGUUAAUUCAAAGGAGCCUGAGGCAGCGGGGGAAAGUCGAGUGAACAAACAGGAGCUGGAACUUCUCAACAGUGAGCUCCACAAGCAGAAGAGGCAGAUCGAGACUCUGCAGCAGCUUGUGGAAAUGGAUGGUGGAAUUGUCAAUGAGGUGAAGCUCUUGCGCAAAGAGUCUCGCAACAUGAACUCUCGAGUGACACAACUUUACAUGCAGCUCCUGCACGAGAUUAUACGCAAGCGUGACAAUGCACUGGAGCUUUCUCAGCUUGAGAAUAAGAUUCUGAACCAGACUUCAGAGAUGCUGCAGCUUACAAACCGCUACAAAGAUCUGGAGCACAAGUACCAGCAUUUGUCAUCAUUGGCCAACAACCAGUCAGCUCUCAUCGCUCUACUUGAAGUACAGUGUCAAAGGAGUCCCCCAGUGAUGGGUCCUAGACAGCAUCCACAACCUCAACCCCAGCCACAACCUCAGCCAAGACCCCCUCCACCCGUCAACAAGCCAUUUCAGCCACCAACCUAUAACCGCAAUAAUCAGAUAACCAAUGAGAUCCAGAGUGAUCAAAACCUUAAAGUACCACCACCUCCACUACCUACUAUGCCAAGUGGCACUCAUGACCCUUCCACCACCAACAAGCCCUCAGGCCCUUGGAAAGACUGUCUCCAGGCCAUGGAGGAUGGCCAUACCAACAGUGGCAUGUACUUGGUGAAGCCUGAGAAUACCAACAAGCUGAUGCAGGUUUGGUGUGACCAGAGACAAGACCCUGGAGGCUGGACGGUCAUCCAAAGACGAAUGGAUGGCUCAGUAAAUUUCUUCAGAAACUGGGAGACUUACAAACAAGGCUUUGGAAAUAUAGAUGGUGAAUACUGGCUAGGUCUGGAGAACAUAUACUGGAUUACUAACCAGGCCAACUACAAGCUUCUGGUAACUCUGGAGGACUGGACAGGCCGAAAAACAUACGCAGAAUACGCCAGCUUCAGGCUGGAACAUGAGACCGAGUUCUACAAGCUAAGAGUGGGCCGUUACCAUGGCAACGCGGGCGAUUCUCUCACCUGGCACAAUGGCAAGCAAUUUACCACGCUGGACAGAGACCAUGAUGCAUACACAGGUAACUGUGCCCACUACCAGAAGGGAGGUUGGUGGUAUAACGCUUGCGCUCACUCCAACCUGAAUGGCGUCUGGUAUCGGGGAGGGCACUACCGCAGCCGCUACCAGGAUGGAGUUUACUGGGCCGAGUUCAGAGGAGGAGCCUACUCCCUAAAGAAAGUAGUGAUGAUGAUCCGGCCCAACCCCAACACUUUUCACUGAAAGCCAUACAACUGAUGCCGACAAGCUGAACACCCAGUACACAUCGAAAAUCUGAUCUGAUUAUUACGUGCAUGUAUUCGGAUAAGGGAAAUGCUAAGAUGAAAAGAUGUCCACAUUGAUAAUAAAAAGAAUACAGAUCCCUCAUGAAGAAGACAUUAGCCUCCCUAUCCUGCUUGUCAGUAGUGUCUAUUCUGUUAAAAGAUUUAACAUUAUAAUUCUAACAUUUUGUUUACUGAGAAGUGAGUGAAGGAUAUACAAUCCAGUCCCACAUACUAUGCUUUUCUUAAUUUGUCUAAUAAAAUAUCUUGACGUGACUAGUUAGUGCAAAAUGUAACAUUUCACACCUAGACAACCUAGAAUAUAAAAGAGAAACAGACUGAAGAUAAAAACAAGAAAAAGCUCAGGUAAGGGAUGCAUCUAGUUCUUUUUUUAUCAGUACUUUAUGUAGUAGAUGGCAAUGGCCAUUAUCUAAAUAGUAUUUAGUCGAGCUUCCUGUGAUUGCAGCCUGUACUCCAAAGUUUACUUUUACAGAAACAUGAAUAUUAUUAUUUGAAAUAUUUUAACUUGAAAAUGUUCUCUAAUAGGCCAAAAGGCUAAAACGUCUUAUGGUCUUCAAACCUAUAGCAUGACAUAAUAUUAGCAAGAUAUGAAGGCAGGAAAUAGACCAAAAAUGGGACAGCACUGCAACAAGCAAACAAGUAUCACAAUCUGAACCAAAUUCCAAGCCAUGUUUACAUAUAAAUAUUAAAAAUGAUUCAGGAAUUUAGACAAGCUGUAUUAAACAUUUGAUACAUAUACUGUAUUUAAUAAAGGCAAAUUCUAUCUGUUAAGAGCAUUACCAUCUAAAUAUCAUCUUGAAUCAGACUUCUACUAGACAUCUACUUCUACUAGACAUCUACUGCUAAUAUCAAUUUAAUUGUCUCUUUUUUUAUAUAUUCUUUCUUAAUACAUUUUCUCCCCAUUUCCUCUCUGUUUAGCGUGAUACAUGGGCAGCAUGCCUUAUGCAUUUUAUCACCUGCACUUUGACGAGAACACUGCAGCUCAGCGUUGUGUACGGAGAGGACACACCCUGAGAGCACUCUUUUCUCAUCUCUGUGCAGGCGCCACCAAUCAGCCAGCAGAGAUCGUAAUUGCACCAGUCAUGAGAGAGAGACCCCAUCCGGCUUAGUCCCGCCCAUAUCCGAACAACAGGCCAAUCGUUGUUCAUGUGGCCACUCAGCCUUAGACGGCAGGCGGAGCUGAGAUUCGAUACGAUGUAUUCGAGAUCCCAGCUCUGGUUCCAGCGUGUGUUUUUACCACUGCGCCACCUGAGCGGCUCAAUUUAAUUGUCAUUGAUGCAAAUCAUGUAAAAUCAACUACAAUGCCAAGAGGAGUACAUUCCACCUACAAAAAUGAGUGAUUAAAUUAUUUAAAAGCAAGACUCGUGUGGUGCUUUAUAUCUCACACACUCACUUUCUUAACCGCUUAUCCAAUUAGGGUCGAGGGGGGUGCUGGAGCCUAUCCCAGCUUUUCAAUGGGCACAAGGCACACAGUAACACACAUACACACUGACUGCAUGGUUUUUGACUGUGGGAGGAAACCGGAGCUCCCAGAGGAAACCCACGCAUACACAGUGAGAACAUACAAACUCCGCACAGAAAGGACCCAGACCGCCCUGCCUGGGGAUCAAACCCAGGACCUUCUUGCUGUGAGGCAACACUUCUACCCACCGAGCCACUGUGCCGCCCACUGCAUGUCUUAAAAAAUUAAUUAUUAAUAACAAGAGAAAAAGUAUUAGAAAUGCCAGCCGCUGGUUAUACCUUUAUAUUAAUUUCAGCAAUAACAUCAGGUAUCCUGCAGUAUGUCUUUGUGUCACCAUGCUUUCAGGUUUGUCUUAGAUAAAUCAAAUAUUGUACAUAGUGUAUAAAUGUUAAAAUCAAAUGUAAACCCAACACACUUUUUGUAUAUAAUUAUAAUUUUGUAGUAAUAAAGAAUCAUGUAAAGCCUGUUGUACAGGUAUGUGCAAAAUGUAAGGUAUGUCGUAAAAACAGCAUCAACUAUUGUACUGAUAUUGUACGUUUAAGUAAAUAACAACUUGCUAUACACAAAAGGCUGCUUGUAAGCUGAGCUUGUGUAAUAAAAUGAUUUGAUCUGA